CUCUUCCAGAAUGUUUACGCUUUUUUAAAACUUGGUUCAAAUACUAUUAUAAUCCAACAAAUUAAAUGAACAAACCGCAUCUGCGUUUUGUAAGCCUGAAAUAAAAAAAAAUUAAAAAAAUAUUAACAGGAACAGGGAAAUUGACGUUUCUAUGUGAAUUGUGACGACAUUUUGUAAAUUUUUCAGAUGGAAUCUUAACAGCUUCCUUUCUGCUUCAGUAGGUUGCUCUGUUGAAGAAAAGAAGAGAUUCUGUUGACCUUAGAAAACACAGUUUAAGUCUGGAUUAUUGAUAAAAAUAUAGAAGAAUGCCACUGCUAGCUUGCCGAGGCUGCCUUGCGACAGAGCCUCGGCUUUUCAAUCUAUUCAAAAAUAAUUUGUAUGAUGAGUUUGGGGAAGUUGUUGGUACACCGAUAUUUGAAGGUGAUGACCUACCGCAGCACAUCUGUGGGAUGUGCUACGCUCAGUUGCGGAAGUUCUCGUCGUUCCGGGAUCGUUGCCGGAAGGUGCAGGACAUGUUGGAUGCCAUGGAGCUUCAAGGGUUAACGAUCACAACAUCAUUAAUAGAAUCCAUUGACCGUGACUCUUACAAUUUGCUGCCCAGACUCACAAAGGUGGUCCCAUCGCUGGAAGAUGUGUGUAUAAACGAGAAUAACAAACACGAGUUCAUACCUGAUGAUUCCGACGAUGGUAGAGACGUAGAUCAAGAUUCGAUUCCACAAAGUAACGUGAUCAAUGAAACAGACUGUGAUGAUGAAAUAGAUCUCCCUUCGCAGCCAGAUGUAUCACAAUUCCUGGUCUUUAAAGAUCAGCCCAAAAAUAAUGAUGCUCAACUGAUACGACAAAAUAAUGCAGUAGCUCAACCAAUUCGUCAAAAUAAUGCAGUAGUUCAACCAAUACAACAAAAAAAUGUAGUAGUUGUACCAUUACGACGUAAUAAUGCAGUAUCUAAACCUAUACGACGUAAUAAUGCAGUUCAACCAAUACAGGCCAAUAAUUCAGUAGUUCAACCAAUACGGCAAAAUAAUGCAGUAGUUAAACUAUUACAGCCCAAUAAAUCAGUAGUUCAACCAAUACAACCCAAUAAUGCAGUAGUUCAACCAGUACAGGCCAAUAAUGCAGAAGCUCAACCAAUACAACCCAAUAAUGCAGUAGUUCAACCAAUACAGGCCAAUAAUGCAGAAGCUCAACCAAUACUGCACAAUAAUGCAGUAGUUAAACUAUUACAGCCCAAUAAUUCAGUAGUUCAACCAAUACAACCCAAUAAUGCACCAAUUCAACUGAUAAGGCCCGAUAGUAACAAGGUAGUUAAACUUUGGCCUGUUGAUAGCAAGGUAAUUCAACAAAUACGGCCCAAUCUUACCAAGUUAGUUACACUAUGGCCUGCUAAUAAUAAGGUAGUUCAAAAAGUACAGCCCAAAAAUAAUGCAAUCGUUCAACCGAAACAGCCCAAAAAUAACGCAGUCGUUCAACCGAAACAGCCCAAAAAUAACGCAGUCGUUCAACCGAAACAGCCCAAAAAUAACGCAGUCGUUCAACCGAAACAGCCCAAAAAUAAAGCUGUCGUUCAAUCAAAGCAGCCCAAAUAUUAUGCUGUAGGGAAAAAUCAAUUAAAACGUUGCAAACUCUUAAAAGCCUUUUUCGAAGAUCCCAAAUACUGCGAACUUGUCAAACGAGAGUUCAACAUACAAAUUACAACGUUGACGAAGGAACAGCAAAUUAAAGAAAUACAGGACAAAAUUUUCCAGGGGUCUAAAUCGGCGCUAACAUGCUGUUUAGGAUGCGGGAAGAUAUUUAUCAACGCAAAACUUCAUGAGGCACACAUUAAUAAAUUUCACGACGAAUCAAUCGGGCCACAUGUCUGCGAUAUAUGCAACUAUCGUUUCCCCAAAAUUGCGUUUCUUUCCCGUCAUAAGAGGACUCACAAAUUCCGAGUUUCCUGCACAAAAUGUAGUUUCAAAUCCAACGAUUUAAGCAUUAUGAUUCAGCACUCACAGUGGCAUUCUGGAGUGAAGAUCAAGUGUAAAUAUUGUGAUAAUGUGUUCGAUACAAAAGAGCUUAUGCAUGCACAUAUCAAAAGCGAGCAUGUAAAUCAAAUACCCUGGUGUAAAUGCUGCGGACAGCCUUUCCUAAAGGAAUUCAUUUUGAGGAACCAUAUCAAAAGAUUUCACAGUUUCUUGCUGAAAUUUGACAACAACUGUACGCAGUGUGGCUUAAAAUUUUCAAGCGCUGAAGCGUUGAACACUCAUUUGACAGUCACUUGUGGAGAUUUCGCAUGUGUGAUGUGUGGAACACGUUUAGAGAGUGAAGAAUUUUUGAAACAGCAUAUUAUUAAAGACCACUCAAGAUGGGAGGUUAUAAAAAUGGUGCGAUGCAGUCAGUGUCUGCUAGAAUUUUACGGGGAAGGAUCUUUAGCUAAGCAUGAAGAAACAUGCGGUAGUGGGUACCCAUGCCAGGAGUGCGGAAUAAGCUUGCCUGACACCGAGUCGCUACAGUAUCAUAAAGAAACACAUUUAAAGACUUACCGCACUUGUAAGGAGUGCAACUUGACAUUUGACUCUGACAACUACCGUCGGCAUUGUGAGAAAUAUCACCACUCCAAGCCAGAAAGAGAAUAUCGAUGUCGCAGAAAAACAACAGCCCGCGUGUGGUCAGUUAGCGGCAGUAUCAUAACUUCCAACGUAGAGACGCCGGUCGCGUCCCGCCCUGAUGAGGAAUGCAAGUACAUUUGCGAGGUCUGCGGCAAAGGGUGUCCGACGAAGGUAUCGUUCAAAAGCCACACUUACACCCACAGAGCUAGAAAUUUGUUCAAGUGUGAGCCAUGUAAUAAAAGCUACCGCAAAAAGGAAUAUUUCCAGCGACAUAUGAUGAUACACAAGGGAAUAAAACUGUACGGGUGUUCACUCUGCGAGAAAAGAUUCCAUAGUGCAUCCGGCCGGACCAGACAUAUUAUGAGGCACGCGGGUAUUCGUCGACACGUCUGCAACUUUUGCAAGAAAGCAUACGUAACAUCUACUGAAGUUAAAACCCAUAUCAAAACUGUACAUAUGUCUCAACCAACGGUACCAAGGAAACGGCGAGCUCGAAAAAACAAGGACAUCGUUGUGAAGACUGAAGAUAAUACGAAUAUAGAUCUGAGCAAUUAUGUUAUUGACAACGAAGUUGAAUACGAAUAUGUUAUUGAAGAGGUGGUGACGGAAGAUUGACGCCUGAUCACAUUACUAUGAGGUCUCACAGGGCGCGUGGACGCACAGGGUGACGCGAACCAAUCACAGAGCUCUAUUCAACGCUGUUCGAUUUGCUGCUUCACUUAAGCAAACAUCGUUUGGGAAUAAGCAGGGUUCGAGGAUCUAUAUCAAGGGAUAAUAUCAAGAUAUAUAUCGGAUAUAUAUCCGAUAUAUAUCAAGCCGGUUUUGAUGAUAUA